AAUCCGAAAAAGGGCGAGAGGCGAUCGGGGGGCGAACCAGUAGAUCCACCGAUUUCGAGGGCGACGAGCCACCGGAGUCCGCCGCCGCCGCCGCCGCCGCCGCCACAGCCGCCGCAGCCGCAGCCGCCGACGGCCAGCGAGGCGGUGCUCUUCCCCGGCACCUUCUACAUCGUCCGAAUCCGGUAGCCAUCCGAGGCGAGGUUUCUGGAGGAGGAGGUAGGAAUUUCAAGUGAGGGAUGUACAACGGGAUAGGGUUACAGACCCCUAGAGGGUCCGGGACGAAUGGGUACAUCCAGACCAACAGGUUCUUCGUGAAGACGAAGACUGGGAGGGUUGCUGAAACCACCAGGGGGUUCGAGGGAGAUCAGGGCACAGCUGGUGUCUCCAAGAAGCCCAACAAGGACAUUCUUGAGCAUGAUCGCAAGCGCCAGAUAGAGCUUAAGCUUGUUGUGCUUGAGGACAAGCUGACCGAUCAAGGGUACACUGAAGCCGAGAUUGCGGAGAAGCUGCAAGAGGCCAGGAGGACUCUAGAAGCUACCUAUGCUUCUGAAGCUAGUGGAGGGCCUACUGCCAUUGUGGCUGCUGAAAAGAAGGUUUCUGAUACACAAACACACCAAAUUGCUGCAAGAAAAGAGAAGCAGAUGGAAACAUUCAGAGCUGCUUUGGGUAUAGGGUUGACUAAGCAAAAUUCUGAGGAAAUUGAUGAUGAACCUAAAGGAGGGCAGAAGAUUUUGCAGCAAGAGAUACCUGAACACGCUUUCCUAGAUAGAGAUUACAGUUCGAAAAAACAGGUGGAAGAAAAAUUGAAAGUUGAAAAAGAUGAUAAGAGAAAUAGUGCUAGAGAUAUGAAGCAUAAGAAAGACAAUGGCAGAAAAAGAAGACAUGAUGAUUCUUCUGAUUCAGAUGAUACUAGUAAACAGACAAGAGCAGCUGAGAAGAAGCAUCAUCGCAAACAUAGCCGGAGAAGUGACUCAGAAAAUGAUUCUGAGGUAGAAACUGCUGAUAGGAAGCGCAAGAAACAAAAGAGCAAGAGACGUAGGAAGUAUAAGUCGGAUGAAUCUGACUCUUCUUCCGACAGUGACGAUGUUGGCAAGAGUCGGUCCAAACUGGAAUCUCGGAAAAAUAAGAAAUCUCGGAAGAAGUAUGAGUCGAGCGAGGAUGAUACUUCUGAUGAGGGGCUUUCAAAACGUCAAUCAAAGAAGGGUGAGCAUCAUAUCAGAACUGGCAAAGAUGAGAACAGUGAGGAUGAGUCUGAUAUUAAUCGUAGAAGUGGCUCAGAUUCUGAGAAUUCUGGAAAAUUGGGUAAUGACAGAAGAAGGAAAGGUGGCAGGAGGCAUGAUGAAGACAGUGAUGGUGAAUCUGAUGUAGUCAGUGAUGGAAGGCAUAAAAAAAUUGAUAAAGUGAGGAAGCAGAGGAGGAAUGAUACUGACGAUGAUUCAGAUUCUGGGAGAGAGAAGAAAUUAGAUAAAGCUCGGGCUCGGAGACAUGACUCUGAUGAUGGGGACUCUGAUGGCACUUUGGGUGGGAGAAGUGGUAGAAGUGGUAGAAUAACAAGAACACAAAAGGCAGUCGAUAGAGCACCAGUUUCUUCAGCAGAUGACAGUAUCAGUGAUGAUUCUGGUGGGAGUAGUAGUGACACCGACUCUCGCAGCAGCACUGAUGGUCGCAGACAUGAUGAUACUGGCAAGAGUAUACAUUAUGAUGUUAAGAACAUGGCUGCCAAUGUGCCUAAUCGAGAAGGAAAAGGGUUGAGAUCUGGAGAUAGAAGUGAUGAUAGAUCAAGGAAGGAAACUCCCAAUGAAUCACGGGAUAAGACUGACAAAAGAAAGAAGGGCAAUAGUCUGGAUGGUAACACCAGGGAUGACCUGCAAGAAUCAAAAUCUCGGGACAUUUUGAGAGAGGGAGAGCACAGCUUGGAACAUAGGAAGGAUAAAAGAUCUGAGUCUGAAGUGAAGACAAGAACAUAUAAAGAUGAGAGAGAUCAUUUUGUUGAUUACUCUCGAUCUCGUAGAUCUGGAGGAAGGCAUGGAGAUUGGAAUGACAUGAGAGGUCGAAGUUAUGAAAAAGAGGAGCAGUUGCAGGUGAGUGGGAGGAAAGGCAAUGAUGACAUGGGAGGUCGAAGUUAUGAAAAAGAGGAGCAGUUACAGGUGAGUGGGAGGAAAGGCAAUGAUGACAUGGGAGGUCGAAGUUAUGAAAAAGAGGAGCAGUUACAGGUGAGUGGGAGGAAAGGCAAUGAUGACUAUGAGGGAAAAGAAGAAAGAUGGCGCGGUAGAGAUGAAAGGGAGGAAAGAGAAGAAAGGCGGCAUGACAGAGAUGAAAGAGAUGAAAGGGAGCGUGAAGGAAGAGGGCGUGACAGAGAUGAAAGGGAUCGUGAAGGAAGAUGGCGUGACAGAGAUGAAAGGGAGGAAAGAGAAGAAAGGCGGCAUGACAGAGAUGAAAGGGAGCGUGAACGAAGAGGGCGUGACGGAGAUAAUAGGGAUCGCGAAGGAAGACGGCAUGACAGAGAUGAAAGGGAUCAUGAAGAAAAGCGGCAUGGCAGAGAUGAGACGGAACUUGAAGAGAGAUGGCCUGACAGAGAUGUGAGGGCACGUGAAGAGAGAUGGCCCGAGAGAGAUGUGAGGGCACGUGAAGAGAUACGGCCUGAGAGAGAUGCAAGGGCACGUGAAGAGAGAUGGCAUGACAGAGAUGAGAGAGAGCGUGGUGGAAGAAAGCACAUGAGAGAUGAAGAGGAUAAUUAUUCUGCAAGGCAUGGUAGAGAUGAGCGUCCUUCUAAAAGUAGGAGAUAUGAUGCAAGGGAGGAGGAAGGGCGAGAAAAUGUAGCUUCUGGAGAUAAUGAUGAAAGGAACAGAAAAUAUUAUGGGGAACAGAAGAACACUCGGAGAGAGGAUGAGCAGCGAGGAUAUAGAGACUAUCAGACAGACAGUAAAGUGGUUGUCCCCAAGAGAGGUGAUAGAUAUGAUGGUUCCAGGUCCAGUGGGAGGAGGUCAGAGAACGAUAGGGGGGAACACCGAAGCAGGCAUUGAAACUUGAGAUCUUUGCAUCUGUGGUGAGUUCAGUUCAAGCCUUCCACCUCUCUCUCUCACUCAUGUUGUUUUUGAAUUUUUCUGUUCUACCAGAAUCUGAGACUUCACCAUCUGAGAGCUGAUUCAGACCUGGAGUUGGAAGAUCUUCUCGCUGCCUAGUAAUGGAAUUCCAUCGCGGAGCAAUGUUUACUGUUAGUGUUUGUUGUGUAGAUGCUUUUACUGAACAUGAUCUUGCUUGGUAAAGCACAUUAGUAAGGGGGAUUGAGCUCUGCAUCCUUGUACUCUGCUGGUGUUGAGCUACAAGUAUCUAAGUAUUUGUACUGAUGACAUCGAAUAUGGUUAUGUUUACUUCAUCUUUCAACUACUGCCAUUGUGUAUGAAGAUUUUGCCGUCUUUGCCGUGA